UACCAUCGUCUAGGGUAGACGAGCCUGCGAGUGUUGCUCCUGACCCUUUGAUUGUGGAGACGCGGAAAUGGUGCCUGGAGGUGGUAUUGCGAUUGCAGAGGGUGGCCAAUGAUUGAUGAGGGAAUCAUUGCCACACGAACAGACAUUUUUCCUUCAGACAUCCCGUGGGUGUUCUUUCACCGAUCCACAAAUACACACACAAAAACGAGCACCCCACGCACCCCCUCAACCCUUUCCUCAACCCUUUCCUCAACCCUUUCCUUAACCCUUUCUACGCUUUCCGCAAGAUUACUUCCCCCCUUUCCCCCCCCCUCCUCACUCCAUUCCACUCCACCCCACUCCACUUCACUCAUUCCUUCUCACUCUCUCAUCCACCCCACCAUCAAAACAGCAUCUGCACAAAAAAACACUUGUACUGCUACAAACCACCAUUGUUCAGGCCAUGUAUCCUUCACACACAGCCUCAUACGAGAGACCCGAGUAUAUGCAGGAGCAACAAGAACAGCAACAACUACCAGCAGGAACGCCAUCAACUGCAUCAACCGGUCCAGUGGAGCGGCAACAACAGCAGCACCAGCACCAGAGACAGCCCUGGUCUCUCAUUGGUGCCUUGUCGAUAUCGCUGUAUCAGUCCCUGUCGUUUUCACGGUCGCCAUCGUUUGAGCGCACCCGAUACAUUGCCUCGACAUGCACGUUUAUUGCGAUCAUCUAUCUCCGGACGCUGCACUGUCUCUUCUUUGGCACAGGGGCGCUGUCCUGUGCAGUCCUUGCGAAAUGCCUGAAGCACACUAUUCGACAGCCACGGCCGGAGAGGGUGGACACGACCAUCGCCGAGGAGACGGGUUCGUCCUCGGUGCUCUCACAACCAACAACACCAGCAACUACUUUGCCCUCUGUCUCAACAACAACAACAACAACAACAACCACGACAACGACAAUGUCCACCUCAACAUCUGCAGGGCCCUCAUCCACAAAGAACCCACAGACAAAUGACGAUCCCAUUCCCCGAGCCGGUUCACCCACACUCUCCCUUGCUCCAACUACAACCCUACAGCAAGAACAAGUCAACGCCAUUAACGCUGCAGCCCCCAAGGCCUCCCAGACCUCAUCGUCCGCCUACCGAAUCCGGCGGCAGCGACGCCGCGUCCGGUUCUAUUUCCGCCCCGACUACGGCAUGCCCAGUAGCCAUGCCCAACUGGUCGCCUUCUUUGUCUGCUACAUCUCUCUGCAACUCGUCCUUAUGGAACCCGAGGGAUCCCCUGGUCAGUGGUUCUUGAUCAUGUUGUUGCAGCUCUAUGCCUGGUCAGUUGUUUGGUCGCGUAUUCGGCUGGGACAACAUUCAGUCAGUCAGGUUCUUGUAGGCGCGGUGAUUGGGGCCGUCUAUGGGAUGGUCUGGUUUGCGAUCUGGAGCUGGAAGGUUGAGGAGAUGAUCCAACAUUGGCAGUGGAUGGACCGGUAUGGAGUCAUUCAGGUACGGAAGAUGUGGAGACAAAUGGAGAUGGAUGAGAUGGUCGCUGUAGGUCGAGUUGGCGGGAGGAUGUAUCUGAGACAUGACCAGGCCUUUCAGCAUAACGAGCGGUUCUUGAGGUUAUAGAAAGAUGAGGAGGAAGAGGAGGAGGUGAUGGAUGAACACUUUGUAUAUAUGUAAACGCUUAUGCUGUAAGAAUAAAUCGUGAACGACAGAGAGAUUGAAACACUAAGAAAAAAAAAGGUAUCAAAAAGAUGUUUAUUCUCGCCAGACGAAGGAGCAAGUGGACGCUAUCGAAGAAACAGGUAGAUAUUAUCAAAGGAACAGAUAGACACAAUCGAAGGAACAG